CAUGCAGGAGAGGAGAGCAAUGCAACAGCAGAGCCCCGCGCCGCUCCCGCACCCGCAGUUAUUCUCUGCGGGCUGCAUCUCUGCUCGUUAGUGCCCGGUGCUCGGAGAGCAAAUUGGACAUCCUAUUGCCACCGCCGAGGGUGUUAGCAGAAGGCGGCUCGGGGGGAUCCAUCCAGACUGGGAGCUGGAAUUCAAGCAAAGCAACUGAAGCGAAAGCUUAGCCUGCCGGGGAAAAGCAGCGCUUUUCUCCAGGGGUGAUUUUCUCUGCUGCCACGUAACGUUCAGCAGGAGCUUGCUCUGAGCAGCUCCGGCCGCAGCCCUACAUCUUGCCCCGCCGCCCGGCAGCGGGUUGCACGCGGGCUGUCACGCAAUUCUGCCUGCAUCCAGGAUGCUUCGCUGCACCGCGGUGCUGGGAGCAGCUGGGCAGCCCCGAGUGAGCUGGCACGAGUAGCACCGGUGUCAUCCACAGCGGCAGGAAGAUUUGUCUCCACUGUAAGUGCUCCCAGGAAGAGCACAUUGUAACAGUUAUGCCUCUGGAGAUGGAGAAGACCGUCACCAAGCUGAUGUUCGACUUCCAGAGGAAUUCCACCUCCGACGACGACUCAGGCUGUGCACUGGAGGAGUAUGCAUGGGUACCUCCCGGCCUGAAACCCGAGCAGGUGCACCAGUACUACAGUUGCCUUCCAGAAGACAAGGUGCCCUACGUCAACAGCCCGGGGGAAAAAUCUCGCAUCAAGCAGCUUCUGCACCAGCUGCCACCGCAUGACAAUGAGGUCCGUUAUUGCAAUUCGUUGGAUGAGGAGGAAAAGAGGGAGCUCAAGCUCUUCAGCAAUCAAAGGAAGAGGGAAAACUUAGGGAGAGGCAAUGUCCGGCCAUUCCCCGUGACCAUGACAGGAGCCAUCUGCGAGCAGUGCGGUGGGCAGAUCAAUGGAGGGGACAUGGCUGUUUUCGCCUCGCGAGCCGGGCACGGCGUUUGCUGGCACCCUCCUUGCUUCAUCUGCAGUGUCUGCAACGAGCUGCUGGUCGAUCUGAUCUACUUCUACCAGGACGGCAAGAUUUACUGUGGCAGGCACCACGCCGAGUGCCUCAAGCCCCGGUGCGCAGCAUGUGAUGAGAUCAUUUUUGCUGACGAAUGCACGGAGGCCGAAGGGCGGCACUGGCACAUGAAGCACUUCUGCUGCUUUGAGUGCGAGACCGUGCUGGGGGGGCAGAGGUACAUCAUGAAGGACGGGCGGCCCUAUUGCUGCAGCUGCUUCGAGUCCCUCUACGCCGAGUACUGCGACACCUGCGCCCAGCACAUCGGUAUCGACCAGGGCCAGAUGACAUACGACGGGCAGCACUGGCACGCCACCGAGACCUGCUUCUGCUGCGCACAGUGCAAGAAGUCCCUCCUGGGCCGGCCCUUCCUGCCCAAGCAGGGGCAGAUCUUCUGCUCGCGGGCCUGCAGCGUGGGCGACGACCCCAACGGCUCCGACUCCUCCGACUCGGCCUUCCAGAGCGCGCGGGCCAAGGAGUCCCGCCGCAGCGCCAAGAUCGGCAAGAACAAGGGCAAGGCGGAGGAGACGGCGCUGAGCCAGCUGCAGGUCACCUCCAACCGCCUCUCCACCGACGUGGACCCGCUCUCGCUGCAGAUGGACCUGCUGAGCCUGGCCAGCCAGACGCCGAGCCUCAACCGGGAGCACGUAUGGAGGAGCAGGGAUGAGCUCUACCACUACGGGAGUAAAAUGGAGCAGGGGCAGGCCCAAAGCCCUCUGCAGCUUCUCAGCCAAUGCAAUAUCAGGACUUCCUAUAACCCCAGCCAGGUCCCAGGCUCGCAGCCAGAUUUAUGGGGUAAGCAUUUCAGCAACCCGAAGAGGAGCUCCUCGCUAGCCAUGAAGGGGCAUGGAGGCAGCUUCAUCCAGGACUGCAGAGAGGACUACUACUCGGGGAGGCUUCGCUCGCAGGAGAGCUACAGUGACAUGUCCAACCAGAGCUUCCCUGAGACCCGGGGGAGCCUCAAAGUCCCCAAGUAUGAAGAGGAAGAGGAAGGCGGGAUGCCCACUCCACAGUGCCGCACCCGGCACCCCAUCAAUGCCCUGAAGUUCACGGAGGACCUGACACCCACCGAGCAGACUCCUCGCGGCUCCAUGGAGUCCCUGGCUCUUUCAAAUGCCACAGGCCUCUCUGCAGACGGCGGAGCCAAGCGCCAGGAACACCUCUCCCGCUUCUCCAUGCCCGACCUGAGCAAAGACUCGGGCAUGAACAUCUCAGAGAAGCUGAGCACCAUGGGGACUCUCAACUCCUCCGUGCAGUUCCGCAGCGCCGAAUCCGUCCGCAGCCUGCUCUCGGCGCAGCAGUACCAAGACCUGGAGCCCAACCUGCACGACCUGGCCAGCCCCAUGAGCUACCGCGAGCGGCCGGCACAUGGCCGCCUGCACCAGAGCUUCGACUACGGCAGCGGGGUGGCCGGGGGCAAGCUGGCAGCGCAGGACAGCACCAGGCAUGCCCCCAUGAGCGAGCGCACCCGCCGACGAACUCCACUGCGGGACGAUGAGCGGCACUACCGCCCGCACCGGCCGCGGCGCUCCCGCCGCUCCCGCUCGGAUAACGCCCUGCACCUGGCCAGUGAGCAGUGCUGCCGACUGAAGGAGAGGCCCUCGCUGCGAGCCAGGGAGGAUUACGAUCAGUUCAUGCACCAGAGGAGCUGCAGAGAGAGCCUGGAGCAGGGUCCCCGCAGGGACGCCUACGGCCACUGUCCCAGGACGGUGUCAGACCUUGCCCUGCAGAACCACUUGGGUGAGCGGUGGGGGCCCUACUUUGCCGAGUACGACUGGUGCUCGACGUGCUCCUCCUCUUCGGAGUCCGACAACGAGGGCUAUUUCCUCGGGGAGCCGAUCCCCCAGCCCGCCCGCCUGCGGUACGUGACCAGCGAGGAGCUGCUGCACAAGUACGGCUCCUACAGCAUGCCCAAGUCUUCCACCUUGGGCGGCAGGGGACAGUUGCACAGCCGGAAAAGACAGAAGAGCAAAAACUGUAUCAUAUCCUAAUGGCAUCCUUGCCGGGCACCUUCGGAGAAUGUAGAUUAACUCACAAACUUGCACUGUUCUAGAUCAUGUAAGCGCGUUUAUUGUAAGAAAAGGACCUGAAGAGGAAGGGCUUGUAAGAAGGUUGUAGACUGGCUUCUAUAAAUAGUUAUAAUCAUGGGCACGGUGAAUAUAUUUUGCACAUCUUACCUUGAAAACACACACAAAAAAAAGAAGUUCACUUUAGCCUGUAAUACUUACCUAGUAGUUUCUCUUCUGUCUCCCAGAUACUGCCACCCUGUUGAGUUCUCUUUGCCCGUACGUUCUGUCACCACUCUUUGCAGUCACCAUCUGGUCACUGGUAGCUUUUGCUUCCCACCACGCCGUCGUUUUCCGUUCCCCAUUUUGGUACACCUUUGUCCCUCUCAGUGUGGGAGCCUAAGUUAUUUCCACGAUUGUUGUAAAUGCAAUGUAAAUGAGAGUUUGGAGAAAAUAUUUUUGUAUUUUGUAAUAUCAGAGGAAUUUCUAUAUCUUAGGAAUCACUGGGAAAAUGCAUGCACAUCCAUAGCUGUUUUUUGCCAGAGCUGAACAGAGUACUUUGGGCCCUCCCACUUUUCAUUUCAUCAUCAAAUUUCUUCAGCAUAUCAGUGAGAGUUUGAGUUGUUUUAUUUUUUUUAAUUCUUUUUUUUUUUUCCUAUUUGUUUUGUUCCUGGUAAGUAAAGAAAACAUUUUCUGACUCAUUAAACCUUGAAGAGCCCAAGGUGGCACUUUGAAGUCUGCUCACACCUGUGGUUUUCAGGUACGCUAUCAGUCAAAGACAGGAAUCCUGACAGCUGCAAAAGUGACUCUUUUUUUGUCAAAUAGGAAAGAACAGAACUACCAAAUGGCCGCAAAGUCGUAAAUGACCAAAGCUGGAGAAGGAAUUUUACACCUCUGUAGAGAAUGCUAAAGUUACUAAACGUCAAACUAUUAUUUGGAGUAAAUAAAAGUGUAAAUGGUGCAA